UGUUUAUCAGGACCAUCAAAUAUUAUGCUUUCUGUUCCAUUGAGAUGGAGUUCACGACCUCACACCGGUAACUGCGACAUUAAACGUUUCUCAGUGAACCUGUAACGGCCUACAAGAAGGCAAAACCAUGGGGAAUACAAGCAGCGAGAGGGCUGCAAUGGGCCAUGGGGAGAAGGCUCAGCGGAGGGACAGCCGGGGAAUCAAGGAAGGAGAGCGGCCAAAAAUCCUGAUGGACAGCCCAGAGGAUGCGGAUAUUUUUCAUGGAGAAGAUAUGAAAGCUCCUUCGGAGAAAGAGGAGUUUCUUUCUUGGCAGCAAGACUUAGAGGCAGAAGACAAAGGGCCAACUCUAGAUCGACCGACCGUCUUCCGCUGGACUGGAGAUGGAAAGGAAGUGUUCAUCUCUGGAUCCUUCAACAACUGGGCCAACAAGAUUCCCCUUAUUAGAAGUCAGAACACCUUUGUGGCAAUCGUUGAUUUACCUGAAGGGGAGCAUCAGUACAAGUUUUACGUGGAUGGACAGUGGACCCAUGAUCCGACUGAGCCUGUUGUAACCAGCCAGCUAGGCACAGUCAAUAACAUCAUCCAGGUGAAGAAAACUGACUUUGAGGUGUUUGAUGCUCUGAUGGUGGAUUCACAGAAAUGCUCUGACAUGUCAGACCUCUCCAGCUCUCCUCCUGGGCCAUAUCAUCAGGAUGCUUACAUUCCAAAACAGGAUGAAAAGUUUAAGUCUCCACCCAUACUUCCUCCUCACCUCCUCCAGGUCAUCCUGAAUAAAGACACUGGGAUUUCUUGUGAUCCUGCAUUACUUCCAGAGCCCAACCAUGUCAUGCUAAACCACCUUUAUGCUCUUUCUAUUAAGGAUGGCGUGAUGGUGCUCAGUGCGACACAUCGCUAUAAGAAGAAGUAUGUCACCACUUUACUAUAUAAGCCCAUCUGAUUGAAGACUGUCUUUCAUUCCGGCCCUGUGUGCUAACUGUACACUGAGUGUACAAAAUAUUACCUCCACACAUUUUUUUUUUUUACUUAAAAGAAAGAAACCAGACAAAGCCGGUCUCGUCCUGCUUCUCGUCUUCCAGCUGUUAAACUAAUCCUGAGUUGAUGGAUGAACUUUGAAUGAGAUGGAAGCAGGAUUAAUGAAGGAUUUUGUGAAAUUUGUUAAUGGGACUGAUGCUUACAGGAUUAUGUGAUGCAUUUAGAAAGGCAUGCACAGGAAACAUCCAAGAGAUAAGGAUGUCUUUAUGAAUAUGCUUCAGGAUGUUGUACAAGUGAUUUAUUUUUAGCUUUGAAUGUUUGACAAACAGUGAGAAAGUUUAGAUUAUUUCCAGCAAACUUUCAUGAAAAUUCAUUGUUACGCUGUGGUGCUUGGGAAUUAGUCAAACCUUAAGAAUUUGAAAUUAAAGGUAGGGUUAGAGAUGUUUUCCAGGAACAUUUUUACUGUGUUGCUUAGAAUUCGCUUCACACAAAUGCUCUAACAAAAUUAAAAAAGAAUUUAGUUACCUGUGGAACAGACAGGAUUAAAAAAAACACCAUCCAAUCAUUUUAACCAGAUUGGUCGGUGUCUAUCAAAGUCAGCUGCCAUUUGUCCCUCCCCCCUCAACUCAUCUGCGUGUGCCCCUGUUCGUGCACAAAUCACAUGAUCUUAGAGGUUUGGAGCACUUGUAGAGGCAACAAAGUGAGAGCAGGAUCUUGGCUAGCUUACUACAUCAAAAUACGGUACACACUUAAACAUAAGGGACGUUAUGGCAGAAAAGGGGCCUCUGUCGAGUCGGGAAAGAAAAAAUGUUUUGGAGAAGGCUACUUCCAAGAAGAAAAUCUGAAGGAAAGCGGAGCAAAAGCAGAGUGUUAGCGAAUCGAUGCUGCCCAGCCCUCGUGAACCCUCAGGAACAAGCAUUACACUUUUCUGUGCUUUGGAGGCGUGGCUUUGAGGGGAAGCCUGAAGAAAGGGGUGUGGCUCAAACCGUUUUUCUAGGAUCUCCUACCUUACCUUUAAUACCCUAAACUUAAUGAGAUUUUCUAAAAUACUUAGGAUAACUCAAGUUAAAGGAAUCAAAAUAUCACAAAUGGGCAUUUAGUACUUGGGGGAAAUUAUACAAUAUUAUAAUUUAAUCUGGAGUUUGAUAAAUUAGCCAAAAGCCUGUCAGAAAAUUUUUUUUAGAAGAUGAAAAGAAAAUCUAACACUUUAUUUAAAAAAAAGUAAUAACGGUAGUGUUAGUAACAUGGUUCAGGCCUGUUUUGCGGCAUUUGGAACAAGAUGUCUCGCUAGCAUUGAUGGAAAAAUGAAAAGAAAUCAGCUGUAGUUAUGAUGUACCAGAGAUGAAUUUAUGAACUGGAGAUUAGACUCUGAUUGAUCAUCUUAAUGGCGAAGUGACAUGAGCAAAGAAAUGAGACAGGAUAGACAGAGUUGGGUAGAAGAGACUUUUGAUGAGACAUCAGGAAGAGGUGGAGAUGGGAAGGAGGCUGGUAACUGACAGAAUAAAAGGAAGUUUAAAACAAACUUUGAAAAGGAGUUUAACAGCAUGGGGAAACGUACGUGAGAAAGUGUGGCAGGGAAUGAGAAUCAGACUUACUGACAGACUUACCAAAUGAUGAUUUAAAGCAUAAUAAAAUGUAGUUUGGCAUCAUAUCAAGCAGGCAUGGAUUUAGACUGGUCUCAAGUUAAUUUUCUUAUUUCAGUUUUUCUCCCUAAUCUCUUCUGCCUCCUCACACAUUAACAAAUUAUUUAUAUAUUUGUAUUCUGUUCAUUACUUACAGAGCACUGCUUUAUCAUAUUCUAACAGUAUCUCAAUUUAUUUUCACAUUUAAAUCAGGCUCUGAAAAAAGGAUUUGUGCUCUCAGGGCCAUGUUUGUCAGGUUAAAUCAGGCCUUGUCUUGAGUUAAAGUCCUGACUUUAAAA